AUGGACCACAUCGAAGCCUUUGAGAGAAUCUGCAAUUUCUCUCGCUCUAACGGAGUGCCACCAGACUAUGUCAAAUGCAAGUUGUUCCCAUUCUCUCUUGAAGGGAAAGCUUCUCGCUGGCUCCAAUCUCUGCCAACCGGCUCUCUUACCUCAUGGGACCAGGUCCGAUCAGCGUUCCUGAGCCACUUCUACACGAAGUCUAAAACCGCGGCUCUACGGCACAUGAUGUCCAAUUUCAAGCAGAAGUCUGAUGAACCUUUUCAUGAAGCUUGGGAGAGGUACAAGGAGUACCAGAGAGAGAGUGCCCGCACCAUGGUGAGCUAUGAGUUUCGAAACACCCUUGAUUCUUCGAGUAAUGGAUAUUUCAUGAAUCAAACAACACCUGGUGCGUUCGAGCUGAUUGAGAACAUGGCUUCAAGUUCACUAAACAAGAAAAAGGAGCAUGACCGCUCGAAGAGUGUGAAAAGCAUAGAUGAUCUCGCUGCAAAGGUGGACCAACUGCUUAAGGGACACCAAAGCCAAGUGUUCAUAAUGGAAGAAGCAGCUCCUGAGAAGAGUGCCGGAUGGCAGCUCAAAAACUAUCACCCAAACCCCAACGUGAGGAACAACCCACAGCUUUUCUGGCCUAAGCAAGACAAACCAGCUGAUCCUGCACAGAGUAACCAAGGUCAGUAUGCCAGGUAUCAAAAGAACUACCAACCCCGGACCUAUGUUCUAAGCCAACCAAAGAACAAUCCACCUCAGAUGCAGAAACACCAGAACACUCAGCCAGCUACCUCCGCUCAUGUUGUUGUUCCGCAAGAUGAGACAAAAGCUAUGUUGCAGCAGCUGUUCCAAGGACAACAGCUCCAAGGGAAGGCUCUAAACCAGGUUACUACCGAGAUCAAUACCAGAAUGAACCAUAUGUUCAGCGAUUUGAGCACCAAGUACGACAAUGUCGCGAGCCAUAUGAGACAGAUGGACAUUCAGAUUGCUCAGACUGCUGAGAGCGUCAAGAGGCAACAAGGUACUCUACCUGGAAAAACCGACAAAAACCCUAAGGAGUGCAAUGCAGUUGAGUUGAGAAGUGGAAAGCAACUGUCGGAACCGGUAAAGAAGAGGUUCACUGCGGCUGAGAAGGGGAAGCAGAAAGAGUAG